AUGCUCUUCAAGAGAACUCGAAGCAUUGCUGCUUCGAAGCCCUCGGCAAAUGACGUUGAUCUUCCAACUCCUCCUGAAUCGACAGCCGACAAUGCCAGCGAUAUUCUCGCAGCAGCCUUCUCCGGCAAAGACCCAGAAUUUGGAACCAGCGCCAGUGUUAAAGUCUUCUACGAAGGAAAGAACAGCAACCCCAAUCACUACAAUUGGGUCGAGACCCCGCCAAAGCAGCUUAACGAGAAGAUUGCCCGAGCCAACAAUCGUGUCGCCAUCAAGAUCUUUAAGAUCAAGGACCUUGAGCAACCUACGAUCUCCGGGAAGACUCCACUCAAAAUUCAUGAGAUUGAGAUCCAGAGUGCCAUACUUGUCGCUGCCUUGAAAGACAUCGUCAAAGAUGAAGGCAUGUACCUCGAGACUACAGAAUCUGCGAAAUUUCAGCAGCCAUUCAAGCCACUCUUCUUCUGCUACGACAAGAUCAUGGCACUGUACGACAAAACGAAGUCUGGAGGAGUUUUGAAGCAACAUCUGAAGCUUCUUGUACAGGUCAUGGAUGAGAUGUUCGGCAGUUUCAUGUCGCAUUUGAAGUCUCUCAAUGCCAGCGGACUCAUCUCUUACAAGCUGGCUUGGACAUAUUUCCGAAAGGACGCAAUGCUCUUCUGCCCUUCCAAGGACAGUGAGCGGAUUUUCCGUGUGGUCGCCACUCAAUACGUGACCCAUCCGUGCCCUCAUAUGUUGAUCAGUUGUGAGGAGAUCGGAUUUGAUGGGGAGACAUUUGCUUGGAGGGCAACUUCACAGCAGAUCCCUUGCUUUGGUGGCAACCUUCCUGUCACUGAGCUACCUGUCUAUCCUCUUGAGUUCCACGAUGACCCUGAGGCUGUGAAAGAGCGCUUAACGGUCCGAGCCAAGAAGGCAUUGGACUACCAAGAGCUCACUUACUGUGAAUACACUGGUGUGGGUCUCCUCAAGACCCAAUGUGGCUUCCAGAGACACAACGUCAACAGUCGCAUCUUGAUUGAUUACUUCGGAUACAAGAAGCAUUUCGAAGGACUUGCCAGAACCGACACGAACACCUCACGUCGCAAUCGCCAUCACAAUAAUAACAACAAUAACAACCGAGCCCUUCCCAAUGGGGAGAUAGCACCAGAGGAGAACACAUAUGUUCAGACUCUACCCCUCGAAAAGCAGCAACAGAACAAGAAAGAGAUGCUAAGCAAGAGAUACGACGACCUCGUCUACGUCUCCCCUCUCCUCGAAGGCUUCGCAUUGAAGAACAAGCAAUGGCUCAACUUCUACGUCGACGACAUCAAACCCGUAGUCUGGAACGACGAAGCAUACGGCCACCUCGUCUACCCCGAAGAACAAAAAGACCUCGUCCUAACCUUCGUCGACAACCACCAACGCCUCAAAGCCCGCGUCGACGACGUCAUCAUGGGCAAAGGUCAAGGCCUCAUCCUGCUGUUAUCCGGUCCUCCUGGCACAGGCAAAACCCUCACGGCAGAAGCAGUAGCUGAUAAAACCCGUCGUCCGCUGUACUACCUCCAAGCCGAGGAUCUAGGAACAGAUGCCGCGCGUCUGGGCCCGAAGAUCAAGAAGGUGUUUGAGAUGGCUACGGAGUGGGACGCUGUUAUUUUGCUUGACGAAGCGGAUGUUUUCAUGGCUGAGCGUGACCCGGGAGAUAUUGCGCGCAAUGAACUUGUUUCUAUCUUCUUGCGGGAGUUGGAGUAUUUCAAGGGUAUCAUUUUCUUGACGACCAACCUUUACAGCACGAUUGACGCAGCGUUCCGGUCUCGCGUUAAUAUUCAUUUGGUGUUUAAGUCUCUGCCGGCUUCUUCGCGCUUGGUGCUUUGGGAGAAAUUCUUGAGUCGGUUGCCGGGUGAGGAUGUGGUAGCUGAGUUGGAGGAGGGUGACAUGGGGGAGUUGGCCAAGUGGGAGUUGAAUGGGAGGGAGAUUAAGAAUGCGAUUAAGACGGUGAGGACUUGGUGUGUUUGUAAGGGGUUCGAGAUGAAUUUGGCCAGGUUGGAGGCUGGAAUUAAGGUCACUGCUCCGUCAUCUGCGAAGGUGGAGGAGGUUGAGGAGGGUGAGUUGGUGUAA